AUGGCGCAGCUCCGAUUACUAGACGAGGCUGUGACCGGUCGUUGGUCGGCGCCAUCUCACGCGGCUGCCCUCUUUAUGGGUUAUUACUGGGCACCUCAGCCGACUAGUGCUGGCGCCCGGCGUCGCGCGCGUCACCUCUCGCUGCCGCACAAAGAGAUGUGUCGGCCUUGUCCGGACGUGCUGCGGCCGCCGCACGUGCCCAUCGCCCAUCUCCCCGUGAAUCAUCGACUGUCAUUGUCAAGUGGAGAUGGCGGAGUUUAUCACGGAGGGGCGCGAGUGCGUGAACUGCGGCGCCAUCCACACGCCGCUGUGGCGGCGCGACGGCACGGGCCACUACCUGUGCAACGCGUGCGGGCUUUACAACAAGAUGAACGGCAUGAACCGGCCGCUCAAGCAGCCCCGGCGGCUGUGGCCGCGGAGGGGGCCCCGCCGGGCGCGGAUUUCUACAAGGGCUACCUGUUUAAUGGCCUCGCGACACACUCGCUCCCCGCGCCCGCGCCGCUGUGUGCGCCGCACGCGACCCCCCCUGACUACAAACAGAAGAAAGGGAUGGGCACCAAGCGGCCGGGCAUGUCGUGCACCAACUGCCAGACCACCACCACGUCGCUGUGGCGGCGCAACGCGCACGGCGAGACGGUGUGCAACGCGUGCGGCCUCUACUACAAGCUGCACAACAUCAACCGACCUCUCGCCAUGAAGAAGGACUCCAUACAGACGAGAAAGCGGAAACCUAAGAAUAGUAUAAAAGCAGAACGAAAUCUAAAGACCGCCGUGCAGCGCUCUCUCACGCCCGCCGUCAAACUCGAGAACAUGCUGGACGGCGGCGCAGGCGUCGGGGGAGGCGGCACGCGCUCGCCGCUGGCGCUGAACUACUACGUGCAGCAGCACGCGCUGAAGCUGGAGGAGCCGCCGCCCGCGCAUGCGCCGCACCACCACGCGCACGCGCACGCGCACUCGCACCCGCACUCGCACGCGCACGCGCACCAGGUGUACGAGGACAGCGAGUACCGGCGCGCCGCCGACUCCGACCGCCCCACCGUCGUGUCGAUGGGCAGCUGA